AUGUUUUUUUAUUUUCUACUUCAGAUCAUCUCAACUCGCGGUUCACUUGAAGAUCUAUAUUUAGUUCCUCCAUACGUAGACGGUAAGGGAAAAUCAAAUGUAGUCAAUUUCUUAGGUGAUUUUUCUAUUCUUUCUUAUGGAGGUAAUCGACAUAUUAAACUUGGUUUUAUAUAUCCUGACACGCGCGGUGCGAUAGUGUACAGAAAUCAAGUGGGUACAGAUAAGUUUGUAAUAGACACUAAGGUCAAUUUAAAUGCAGUUAGUAAAGGUCAAGAGAAUAACGGUAUGCUAAUAUUUUUUAACAAGACUGAUAAUGUAGAAUUUGGGUCUAUGUAUGGUAUAAAACUUGACACAGAAUUUGCUGUGGCUUUGGAUAUUAAAAAGGGGUUAGAGGUAGUUAUUAAAAUAUUUAUUAAUAAUAAAGAGGACAGUAGUAAAACUUUCCAAUUUUAUGAGAAUGAUGAUGUGAAAAUAAGAAUAGAACAGAAUGAUAUUCUUAAAGUAGAAGUGGAUGAUAAUUAUGACAAACUGGUAGUAUACGAAUCUGACAAGUUUAUGAUAAGUAAAAGAACGUUUUUAGGGGUAUCCGCGUCUAAUGGAAGUGAAUCAUCUACAUCUUUUUCUUUACGUUCAAUUGAAGCUUCGUAUCCAAUUGUUAUCCCUAAGAUAUUUAAAAGAGGAGAAAGAGAGGGAAGUAGUAAAAUGGUAUGGAUUGUAUUUUUAGGAUCUGUAUGUGGACUUGUAUAUUACUUAUACGGUCUUCAGAUAAGGAAAAAUGAAUAA